AUGGGUUGCACAUCCGCCAUCGUUUUCACCUGCUUUGGUGCUGCAUACGGAACCGCAAAGUCUGGUGUCGGUAUCUCCGCCAUGGGUGUUCUUCGACCUGACCUCAUCGUCAAGAACAUUGUCCCCGUUAUUAUGGCUGGUAUCAUCGGUAUCUACGGCCUAGUCGUCUCGGUGCUAAUUUCCGACAACCUCUCGCAAAAGGAGGCUCUCUUCACCGGCUUCAUUCAACUCGGCGCCGGUCUGUCCGUCGGCCUUGCCGGUCUCGCUGCGGGCUUCGCCAUCGGUAUCGUUGGUGAUGCUGGUGUGCGAGGUACCGCUCAGCAGCCUCGCCUGUUCGUCGGAAUGAUUCUCAUCCUGAUCUUCGCCGAGGUGUUGGGACUCUACGGCUUGAUUGUCGCGCUGUUGAUGAACUCCAAGGCACAGACCGAUGUCACCUGCUAG